AUGCUUUCCAAGUCUUCAAUUUUGAGAACCUCUGGAGGUCUCUCCACGAAGCGCACCAUGGCCCGUUUCCUGUCGACCACUGAGGCUAGCGGUCUUAAGGUUUCGUCAAUUGAGGAUAGCAGACCAGUCUCUGAGAUCUCCUUGGUUGUUCGUGCCGGUUCCAGAUACGAGCCCAAGCAUGCCGACGGUGUCGCUCACUACCUUGAGAAAUUCGCUUACAAGAACACACAAGCCAGAUCUGGUUUACGUUUGACCCGUGAAUCGGAACUUUUGGGUGGUCAAUUGUCCAGUUCUUUGACCAGAGAGAACCUUAUUCUGACUGCCAAGUUCCUUCGUGAGGACUUGCCAUACUUCGUCAAUGCUCUUGGUGAUGUUGUUGAGAAUACCAUUUACAACAAGUACGAACUUGAUGAGGAGGUUGCUCCUCUUGCCAAGCUCGAAUAUGAGCUUGCUCACUCUACUUCAUCUGCCUACGUUGCUCUCGAGGCUGCUCACCAAGUCGCUUUCCACACUGGUCUUGGUAACUCGAUUCUAUCGCACCCAUUGAACCCUGUUUCUAUUGAUGCCAUUAAGAACUAUGCUCGUGAAGCUUACGCCAAGGCCAAUAUUCAAAUUGUCGCUCGUGGUAUUGAUGAAUCCGACCUCUCUGCUCUCAUUGGUUCCUCCAAGUUGAGCAGCUUGUCUGCUGGUUCUCCUCUUGAGACCCCCUCCACCAGCGUUCACUCUGGUGAGGCCCGUAUUCGUGCCGCUCCCGGCAAUGUCAAUGCUGUUGUCAUUGCUUUCCCCACCACUGGAUCUUCUGCUGCUAACAGCAUUCUUGCUCAACAUCUCGGCACUGCUGUCCACAGUGUGAAGUGGUCUCUUGGUGGUAGCACACCUUUGGGUGUUGCUGGCCGCAAGACUGGUACUACCAUCUAUGCUACCAACGCCGCCUACUCCGAUGCUUCAUUACUCUAUUUAACUGUUGAGGGCCCAACUGCUGCCGCUGCCAAGGCCGGUGCUAUUGAGGCUGUCAAUGCUCUCAAAGCCGUUGCUGCAACCGAGCUCACUUCUGAGCAACUCACUAGAGCCACUGCCAAGGCCAAGUUUGCCAACGCUGAGGCUCUUGAGAGCUCUCUAUCCACUGUCAUCACCCCUGCUGUUGAUACUUCCAUCACUGCCGCUACUCUUAAGGAGACCGCUGCUGCCCUCACAUCUGGUAAGGUUGCCCUUGCUGUUGUUGGACAAGUUACCGAGCUACCAUACCUGGAUGAACUUUUCUAA